GAGUUGAACGACGGUCGCUACUGUAUUUGAUUGGAGCGCUCGCUUGACGAGUUUGUACUUGACUGUGACUUAUACGGCCCCACGAGCCGGACGGGACGGGGGAUUGUUUGCUUACGGAUGGCAUCAGCGUGGGCAGCCUGUUUCAUGUAUACGUAUGUAAGUAGAGGCGUUGGCCAGCGUAUUGAUUUGUGUAUGUUCUGUUGUUGUUGUUGUUGGUGGUGUUGGUGGUGUUGUGAUUAUAAUUAUUCGGUAUCUGUUUCACUCGGAGAAAGUCUGUACGCGCGGGUUGCACCUGUACGCGGUGCUGGAGAGACCGGGGCAGUGCGAUGGGCGGUGUCACAGUGAGACACCAGAUGCCACCACACGGGACGCAGGCCGUGAAUUGUUUCUCCGAUGCGGGCAUAUAAUGCCUAUGCCCCUAUCCUGCUAUUCUGCUCUGC